CCCACAUCCUCCUCCAUGCAGCCACUCUUCACUCUUCGGCUCACCACUUACCCGCAGCGGGCAUAAUUCUGCUCCGUCUGGAUCCCGGAGCCGCACAAGUUGCGCCUUUGCGAGCAGUUCCCUCCUCACAAUGUGUCCGAGUGGGGAAUAACAUCCGUCUGGGGCCACAUUUAUCCACCUUCACAUCGGAGAAAACUUAACAUCACGUCGUCCGAGGGCACUUUAGAGUACUUUCUUUCAGAGGCAGAGUCGGAGGCCUUGCAGCGAGGACAUGAGUUUGGUCGACGUGAGACAGACGGCGGCGAGCCUGACCCUCUCCCUGACCACUCACGACUCCAAGGAGCGCUAUUUCGACCGCACGGAUGAGAGCGAUCCAGAGUACCUCCGCAGCAGGAACUUGUCGCCGGACCUGAGGCAGGAUUUCAACAUGAUGGAGCAGAAGAAGAGAGUCACCCAGAUCCUGCAGAGUCCAUUGUUAUAUGGAGUGUCUGAAAUCACGCUGGGCUCCCUGACACAUCCUCAGGAGGUGUUUAAAGAUGAGCUGGAAGGUUUGAUUCAGGAUCAGAUGACAAAGGGCAAUAACCCGUCAGGUCUCCUGGCACUGAGACAGAUUGCUGACCUGGUCAUGGCCAGCACAGUGGGAGGUGCUGGCCCUUUGACUUCCCCCAUGGGCUUUGGGAUGGUGACUCCAGUCAAUGACAUGUACAGCAUGGAGUCUCCCUCCUUUGCCAAAGGAGAGAAACAGAGUCGUUGCAGGCUGGCUAGCCUCUACAGGCUUGUUGACCUCUUCAGCUGGGCUUGUUUUACAAGCUCCUACAUUACCGUUAAGGUCAACAUAAUUGGGGACAUCGUGGACCAGGGUUCUACUGAAUUGGGCAUUGACCAUUUUGGAUUCGCUCCCCAUGCGGCCAUUUACUCCAUGCGUCCCAAUGUGUCCUCGAUGAAAUGUGGAAUCCUGCCCAUUUCCCAGGAGGCUUUGCUUCUGGGAGAAGUGAGCUGCUUCGGUUACCAUGGCAGCCUGGAUAAUAAAGAGGAGAAGGUGGAGUUUCAGAAAGCCCUGGGCCCAAAUGCCAAGGUGAUGAUCCUGAGGAACCACGGGCUGCUUGCUUUAGGAGAAACAGUAGAAGAAGCGUUUCACUAUGUGUACCACUCACAACAAGCCUGUGAAAUCCAGGUGAAUGCUUUGAGGUGUUCGGGCAACCUGGACAGCCUUGUGCUCCUGGACAGGGAGAAGUUUAAACCCCUGACACAGGAAGUGGUCGCUUCCGGGGUGGUGAUGGACAAUGAGGUCAAGUGGAAAGUGGGCGAGGCUGAGUUUGAGUCUUUCAUGAGGAUGCUGGACAACCUGGGAUACAGAACCGGCUACUCCUACCGCCACCCCAUUGUCCGUGAAAAGCCCCGUUCUAAGAAUGACGUGGAGAUCCCUGCCACCGUCUCAGUUUUGCCACCAGAUGACGAUGAGCUCGGUCUGCGCAGCCCAUUCAAAUUCAUGGCGCAUAAACAGCAAAGAGAAAGGACCCGAUGGCUCAACUCACCCAACAGCUACUUGAAGGUCAAUGUCCCUGAACAAUCACCCAGUGGAGACGUCAGCCCGAGGACCAAAACCAUGUGGAUGAAAUCCUCCCAGCCAGGCAACAAUGUCGGCACCCCCAUAAAAAUUGAUGAUCCUAACCAGUUUGUCCCACUAAACACAAAUCCAACUGAGGUUUUGGAUAAGAGGAACCAGGCUUUCAUCAUUGAAGAUGAGGAGCAGACCCGCUCGCUUCCCCCCAACCCUUUCAAUGAUCUCACAGAGAAGGAGUUAGCAGACUACAAAAGCUUGGUAGAAAAAAAGCAGGACGGCCAAGAAGAAGAUGAUGAUGCCACUGAUGCCGAUGAGAUGACCACAUUUGAUGGAUCCACAAUUUCCCUCUCCCUCUCACCUAUAAUGACACCAGCUAAACAAGACACCGUACCCAAUGGGAAAGACCACUCGACAGAUAUGGAAGAGGAUCUGAGCAUUGAGGUAUCCAAGCUGAGCGUGAGCACAUCCGAAACGGUAGAAAUCUCCAUCACAACAAAAGAGAAGACGGGAGAGGCUCAGACCCCAGAGAGCCAAACCAAGUCCCCGAAGAAAAAGAAGAACAAAUUCCGCACUCCUUCGUUCUUGAAGAAGAGCAAGAAGAAGAAGGAGGAGAAAGAAAAAGCAGAGGCUUAAGUGCGUUUUCGUUUUUAAAAAUGUUUUGCGAGGAAAGCAUCUGCAUCCUUCCUAAUUUGCUUGUUUUGAAGAGAAAUUAAAAUAAGAGCAAUGGUAGAGGUAGUGAUGGCAGAAUGUUUUUUUUAAUCUAAAGCUAUUAUUCCAAGUUCUGUUCAGAUAUGCUAAUUGAUACCUGCAUUUUUACAGUUAUUACCAUACUUUUUUAUGGAGUUUAAAAGUGUUUUUUACAGGAAAAAGCUCAGUAGAUCAAAUUAUGCUACAUCAUAAUUGGAUUGGUUACAUAUUUCCAUUUUUUCUUUCUUUUUGCACAAAUUAAUGAAUGUAAACUGAGAGCUAGGACAAUUGUUUAACACUUUUUAAAUGUUGCAGUCAUAGCAGUAGUGUGUAGUAGUGGCUGAAGAAAAGUAGAUUUGAGAAUGUUUAUUCCUAUGAGAAGUACGAUUUUUAUUCAAAUAUAAUCAUACUUAUAGUUCCAUGUAAUAAUACAUGAGUUUAUAUAAUAGACAUGACACUAGUAUUUUAAAGUUACAUAAAUGAUUUGAUAGUUUUGACACAUUUACAUAAUUUGUCUUAAACUGAACAUGCUGUGAUUAAUAAUACAGUCUUUAUUCAUGUUGUUACAUGUGUAUGCUGUUCCCAAGGCUGCUGCUUUACUAUAACUGUCACAAGGAGUUGACUGCGGCUAACAGAAAGAAUUCAGCAAAGUGAUGGUUGUUGCGAAUUGUUAAUGAUUACAAAGUCUGACUGUUCUUAAUCACCACGUCUUUGGAUGUUGACAAUGAAAGUGGCAAGUCUGAGUCACAGAAAGUUAGAAUUGAUAGAUGUUUUGAGCGGUUUUGUUCAAACUGUCAGUGAAGGCAAAACAGUGUGGAAAUGUUUUUUUGUCUUAGCCAGAGUAAAGAGUGUGACAUGAAGUGUACUAAAUGAUCAGAUAUUUACAUCCCAGUCAGUAAUGUGAAUGCAUUGUUUAAGCCCAAAGGGAGUGAACUUGUAAAUAGUUUUUUGUGAAGUUUUUCUUUUUUUUUUUUUUUUUACGUUGAACCAAAUAUUAAUGAAG